AUGUCCCAUCAGGAGCAAGCCUUAGUAUCUCUUCUCUCCCAACUCGCCCUUUCCUUCGACGGCGCCGUUUUGGGCUUCGCCUUGGCCUACGCCGCCAUCCGCACUUUCUUCAAAUUCUCCGCCACCUCUGCCGCCCUCCGCAAGCUCCGCCGCGCACCUUACCUCUCUGUUUCCGACCUCCGAUCACUCCUCGCCGAUUCUCCCCCUGACGCUGACUCUACCUCUGACGGUGGUACAAUCGUAAUUGUUCGCGGCACCGUUGAUGCCAAGUCUGCCGUCGAUGGCUCCUGGAAAACUCUCAGACCGGGCGUCUUGGUCUCUCGAGAGUCGGGUGAUAAAGGCGUCAUCCUUCAAAGAACUCAAACGUGUAUAUACAAUGAAUGGAAAGGAUUAUUAGGAUGGACUUCUGAUCUUCGGGCCUUUAUUGCAAGAUCUUGGAGAAAGCAAGAGUCUACAUCUUUAAGGAAGGUGCCUUUUGUUCUGAUUGAUGUUGGACGGCGACCAUCUACUCCCGAGUAUGUUGUUGUCAACAUGGAUGGCUCAAGACAUCCGUUACCUUUAACAACAGUUUAUCAUAAAUUGCAACCAAUAAAUGCUUCUCCUUAUACUUUCUUGCAAGCGCUUUUUGGGCAUGAAUAUCCCGUUGGACUGCUAGAUGAAGAGAAAAUACUUCCAUUGGGGAAGGAUAUCACUGUUGUCGGCCUUGGUAGUUUAAAUAAUGGAGUUGCUGAAAUUAAGUCAUGCAAAGAUCUACCAUAUUUUUUAUCUGACUUGAGCAAAGAUCAGAUGAUAGUGGAUCUUUCCAUAAAAACAAAAAUUCUGUUUUGGGGUGGCAUUGCUAUCGGUUCAAUGUCAGUUGGGAUCCUUGGCUAUGCCGUUGUGAGGAACUGGAAUAAGUGGAAACAGUGGAAGCUACAAAGGCAGCUCCAGCAACAAAGGCAAGCAGUGAAUAAUGUUGAACCUCAGAUAGAUGAUGAUGAGAUUGAAGAUGUUCCAGAUGGACAAUUAUGUGUCAUAUGUGUGAUGAGGAGAAGGCGUUCUGCCUUCAUCCCCUGUGGGCAUCUUGUGUGUUGCCAAGGGUGUGCCAUAGCAGUUGAACGUGAAGUGUUACCUAAAUGUCCGGUUUGUCGUCAGGAGAUUCGAAAUUCAGUGCGGAUUUUUGAAACAUGAACAGACAUUGGCUGAAUGUUCUGUUCACUCCUGCGGCAGGAAACUUUAACACCUUCUAAUGAGAAGAAUCUGCUUUUUAUUUUGAUAAGACCCGGAGUUUUUGGGAAAA